GCUCUGGGUUUAGGGUUUAGAAAAAACCAUUUUCAUCUAAACACAGAGGAAGAAACAGAGAAUCAAUUGUUUCUCCAAGACCUUUCACAGACAGAUCAUCCCAUCAUGAAGAGAGCUUCCGUUUCCCUUCUCUCUCGUCUCACCCUGCCACGGCCCAAAACUCUGUCCCCUCUGCUCUCCAGAGACUAUGUCUCCGACUCAUCUCCUUCUUCUUCCUCUCUCCACUCCUCGGCUCACCAUCUGAAGCCUUGCCCCAAAACCCGAGGUCUGCUCAUAAAAUCUCGUUUCCUAGUCAACCCAUCGCGGAACAUCGACACCCUCGUCGAGUUCCCACCGCCGCCCAUCUCGUCGAGGCAGAGGAAAUUGCGAGAAAAAUCACAACUUGAAGAUGCCCUGGAGUCCGCCGACACAGUUGCGGAGACGCUCAAGGUUUUUGAAGAGAUGGAGGCCUCUUUCGAUGAGCGAGACCUCGGGUUGCCGGCACUGAAAGUCGGGCUUCAACUUGAUCAGGAAGGUGAUGACCCUCAAAAGACCUUAGCUUUUGCUACUAGGGCUUUAGAACUCCUGGAUAGAGACGAUAACAAGAACUCUUUCUAUGUCUCCAUGGCCCUGCAGUUAAUAGGCUCGGUGAGCUACAGAUUGAAACGGUUUAGUGAUAGUUUGGGGUACUUGAGUAGGGCUAAUAGGAUGUUAGUUGGAUUAGAGGAAGAGGGGACUGCUAAUGCUGAGGACAUCAUGCCUUUGAGGCACGCCGUGUUGCUUGAGUUGGCUAAUGUGAAGACAGCAGUUGGGCGGAGAGAGGAAGCGCUGGAGAAUCUCAGGACUUGCUUAGAAAUCAAAGGGGUGAUUCUGGACAAGGACAGUAAAGAGUUUGGUGUUGCAAAUAGGGAUUUAGCCGAUGCGUAUGUUGCCGUGCUGAAUUUCAAGGAGGCCUUACCAUUUGCCCUAAAGGCGUUGGAGAUACAUCAGAAUGGAUUAGGGAAUAACUCAGUUGAGGUUGCACAUGAUAGGAGACUUCUUGGAGUCAUUUACAGUGGAUUGGAGGAGCACGAGAAGGCGCUAGAGCAGAAUGAGUUGUCACAGAAGGUGCUAAAGAAUUGGGGUCUCACUGCCGAUUUGUUGCGUGCAGAGAUUGAUGCUGCGAAUAUGCAGAUUGCAUUGGGAAAAUAUGAUGAAGCUAUCGGUACGCUGAAGGGCAUUGUGCAGCAGACUGAGAAGGAUAGUGAGAAUCGUGCCCUUGUGUUUAUCUCAAUGUCGAAGGCAUUGUCUAGUCAGGAUAAAUUUCCAGAUGCAAAGAAGUGUCUUGAGAUUGCUCGUGGCGUUCUCGAGAAAAAAGAACGAGUUUCUCCAGUUGAAGUUGCUGAGGCAUACUCUGAGAUAGCAAUGCAGUACGAGAACAUGAAUGAGUUUGAGAAUGCAAUAUAUUUGUUGAAGAGAACACUCUCCUUAAUUGAAAAGCUCCCACAAGAGCAGCACUCGGAAGGCAGUGUGUGUGCUCGAAUUGGAUGGUUGUUGUUGUUGACUGGUAGGGUUACCCAAGCAAUUCCUUUCUUGGAGACUGCUGCCGAACGGUUGAAAGAGAGCUUUGGGCCCAAGCAUUUUGGAGUGGGAUAUAUCUACAACAAUUUGGGGUCAGCAUACAUGGAAUUAGAUAGGCCGCAGUCUGCUGCACAGAUGUUUGCAGUUGCCAAGGACAUCAUGGAUGCCGCACUUGGCCCUCAUCAUGCUGAUUCAAUCGAAUCUUGCCAGAACCUCUCAAAAGCCUAUGCUGCAAUGAAAAACUAUGGUCUCGCGAUUGAAUUCCAGCAGCGAGUAGUUGAUGCAUGGGAGAGCCAUGGAAUCAAUGCAAAGGAUGAACUCGAAGAAGCUCGUCAACUGUUGGAAGAGUUGGAGAUGAAGGCUCUAACGGGAUCCACGAGCCAACUCCCCAGAAAGGCCUUGCCCCUGCCUUCUGCUUAACCAAAGGCGUGCAGGCGCAACAUACUCGGUCUUUCAGACUAUGCAUUUUAUGGUGAGCGUUGCAUCGUUGUUAUUUGGUUACUUCUAAUCCUAUACAGUAUGCGCAAACUCCCGUCAUGUCCUUGGUUGAGCUUGAAUCAAUUGGAUGAAAGUCGGGAUCUUUUGGAUACAUUUGUGGGCGACAAAAUGACUAAUGUAUUCUACUUUAAGCAAUGAAUGUCAUCCUUCAUCAAGGACCUAUCGAGGUGUUUUGUACGUGUGAGAAAGACAAUGUAAUUAAAGCUAGUUUCCUCU